AUGGGUGCCUGCGUCUCGCGUUCGACGGCGACGGCGGCGGCGGCGGAGCUCCGGCGAGUGGAGGCGGUGGACACCGCGGCGAUGGUGAUGGACCUGGACGGCACCAUGGCGCGGGUCGAGGCGCCCGUCACGGUGCGCGCGGCGCUGGGCGGGGACGCGUGGUCCUGCUUCGUCUGCGCCGCCGACGAGCUCGGCUUCGACGCGCCGGCCCGCGCGAUGGACGCGGAGGAGGCGCUCCGGCCCGGGCAGCUCUACUUCGUGCUCCCGCUGUGCGUCCUGCGCCGGCCGCUGUCCGGGCAGGACAUGGCGGCGCUCGCCGUCAAGGCCAGCGCGGCGCUCUCCAGCAUCGGCGCGGGGGGCCUUUACACCGCCGCCGCCGCGGUGUCGACGACGGCGUGGCGCAAGGGCCGGGCCGGCGUGGAGACCGGCAAGCGGCGGAAGCAGACGUCUCGGGUGGCCCCACUCGUCGUCGUAAGCGGCACCGGUGCGUACGCGCCGGUGGUGGCGUCCGGUGAUCGUCAUCGGACGACGGGGAAGACGACGAGCAAGGGAGGAGGAGGAGCUCGUCGUCGUGCUGGCGUGCAGAGGUUGAGCGCCAUUUUGGAAGGCAGCGAGUGA